AUGCCUUGGGUGGAUGCCUCGUCCUCUCCACUCUUUCCAGGAAACGAUCUUGAAAAUAGAAUGAUGCUACACAUGGCCUCUCCACCUUUGGAUGCAAUCCCUCUGGGUCCACCGCCCAUGGAACUGGACCAUUCACACAUCUAUCAACCCUAUGUGAACCUGGACCGAAGACUCCGUCUGGAGCAGGAUAUCCAUCCCCUUAUGGAAUAUGCCAGAGGAUCCUUUUCUUCAUACGCGGACGCAAAGGAGACUCAUGGUACGUACCAUCAACCACUUUCACGGGUCGUUAGAAAGGAUAAUGCUCCCAUCGGAAGUCUCUACACUGGUGAAUUUGAUUAUCCGUCACCGUCGUCCCUUGGAGUGGCCUCUAUUUCUGCUGGUAAUCGUUCCCCAAGUCCACCCGAGGCAGUAACGUCUGGAUUCACAGAUCCGUAUUUUAUGGCUGCUGGUUCGGGUUUUGCGAGGAUGUGCUGGGGUGGUGGCGAUGCUACAGAGUACAGAUCUGUUAUGCCACAAGAGACUUUGCAUGAACCUCUUUAUCCGGAACCAAUAACCCCAGUGGACGAGAAGGUGCCACAAACAUUCAACCCUCGUGCGAGCUUCUACCACCCGCGGGACGAAACCCUCAUCGACAACGACAACGUUGACGCCGACGGCGAACCUGAUGCGAUGUGUAUCGAGCGUGAGGAUUCAAACCCAAUAUUAACUGAUCAGAAAAUUUCGGCCAAAAUGCCUCCCAAGACAAAGAGAGGCCGAUGCGAGAGCGGUGGUAGCAGUAGUAGUAAUAGUCGGAAGUGCGCCGCAGUCGCCGCAACAACUGCAAUUCCCAAAUCGCCCAUCCGCAAACGCUUUGCUGUUGCAUCACGCAAAUCAAACCAAACCUCUACAAGAAACACCAAGGCUCACGUAGUCAAAGGCUCGACCUCGUCAUCUUCUGCCGCCACCACCACCGAAAAAAGAUACAGCUGCAGCUUCAAACAAUACGGCUGCGAAAGCACAUUCAGCACCAAAAACGAAUGGAAGCGCCACUUUGCCUCGCAACACCUCAAACUCGAAUACUACCGCUGCGACCUCAAGGGCUGCGAUAUCACAUCCAAGGGACCGAAUGAUUUCAACCGCAAGGAUUUGUUUACUCAACACCUUCGUCGGAUGCAUGCCCCCUGGACUGGGCGCAAAACUGCCGCCACGGCCGCGGAAAGGGCGGACUUUGACAAGACGCUUGACGAGCAUGCGCUUCGUUGCAGUCAUAAGCCACGCAAUCCACCGGCCAAAACGAGUUGCGGUAUGUGCAACAACUUAGUGUUUGAAGAUUGGUCGAAACGCAUGGAACAUAUGAGUCAGCAUUAUGAGCGCGACCCUCACUUCGAGGAGGCGAGGGACGAGAAUCUCGAGGCAUGGGCGCUACAAGCUAAGAUCUUGUGUCGGAGAGACUCGUCCUCGAGUGAGGUUAUGUUGGCUGAUUUGGUUCAUAAACGUCGUUAG